AUGGCUUGUAUCUCUCCGCAUUCUUCCAAAGCUUUACAGAAGAGGGAGCAGGCUUCUGGUCCCCGUCUAGGCAAGAUGAUGAAAGUGCUUCAGUUCCUCCAACAGAACCUCCUUCUUAUCCUCACCAUUCUAGCAAUCGUCCUUGGAGUUAUUGCUGGGCUGGUGUGUCGCCUGUUCGAGCCAUCUUCAGAUACUGUUCAGGUCGUACAGUUUCCAGGGGAGCUCUUCCUUCGUAUGCUCAGAAUGCUGAUACUACCCCUGAUAAUAUCUAGCAUCAUUACAGGUCUAGGCAAUGUUACGGGAUCUUCAGCAGGCAAGAUAGGGGUACUGUCCAUGAUGUAUUAUGCAAGUACCUCUAUUCUGGCAACACUUGUUGGCUUAGCGGUGGUCCUGAUCAUCAAACCAGGAUCCUACACAGACUCGACAGCAACCUUUGUUUCACAAAACAAAGACGUUGUGUCUGGAAUGGAUGCCAUACUAGAUUUGUUCAGGAACUUAAUACCUGACAACAUUGUGGCAGCAACGGUUCAGCAUUCAACCACUGUGUCGGUAGCCGCGGAAGAUGAAGGAGUGCACGGCGUCAACUCCAGUGCUGAUGAAAGGAUAAAUGGUUCCAUGGAAGUAAACAACAUUCACCAUCCUAAUUCGACAAAGGAAACACUGUCGGUUAAAGGGGAAAACAUCUUAGGAUUACUCACCUACUGCAUUGUGUUUGGUGUGACGCUCAGUAAACUUGGUCAGCGUGGAGCUGCACUGAUACAGUUCUUCUCACAGAUCAACACUGUCACCGUCUACAUGAUCAAACUUGUCAUGUGGUACUCUCCACUUGGAGUAAUGUCUCUGAUCAUGGGUCAGAUAAUGUCUGCAGCCGACAUAUCGAAGACUGGACAAACUGUUGCGGUCUACAUGGCUACGGAGAUGGCGGGACUCGCGGUCCACAGUGUGGUGAUCCUUCCCGCAAUGUACUUCAUCCUGACCAGACAGAACCCAUAUGUGAUAUACCUCAGAUCACUGCCUGCUCUGCUCACAGCCUUUGCCACAAGCUCCAGCGCGGCUGCUCUGCCGGUGACAAUGCAGUGUGUUGAGGAGAGGCUGCAGAUGGACAAGAGGAUCUCAAGGGUCAUCCUCCCAGUGGGUGCAACUGUAAACAUGGACGGUGGAGCUGUGUACGGGGUCGUGGCUGCUGUGUUCAUAGCUCAGUACAAUGGAAUAACCCUGUCAUUUGGAGACUUCUUCAUAAUCUGUUUAACAGCGUUCCUAACCAGCAUUGGGACUGCCAGCAUACCUGGGUCUGAUCUGGCAAUGCUGAUGCUUGUCAUCCGGGCGAUUGGUCUCCCAGUUCGGGGCGCCUCUCUGUUGCUCACAAUCAACUGGCUGAUGGAUCGUUGUGGCACGACCGUAAAUGUGGCCAGUGAUUGUCUAAUGGUGGGAGUUGUCUCCCGUUUCACCAACCUUCCUCCACGUGACCCAUCAGAGACACAGUUUGAUCCUGUGCAGGAAGAGGAGCGGAUGAUCGGAGAUAACCGACUAGAAGUAUUAGAAAUCGGUCAGUUCCACAGUAAACUUACCUCGUCCGCCAUCUUGGAUCUCUCCAGUGAGCGCCGCCAUUACGUGGUCAAUACCAGGGCCUCUAUAUAA